AUGGACAAGUUCCGGAUGAUCUUCCAGUUCCUGCAGUCCAACCAGGAGUCCUUCAUGAACGGCAUCUGCGGCAUCAUGGCGCUGGCCAGUGCCCAGAUGUACUCGGCCUUCGACUUCAACUGCCCCUGCCUGCCGGGCUACAACGCGGCCUACAGCGCGGGCAUCCUGCUGGCGCCACCCCUGGUGCUCUUCCUGCUCGGCCUGGUCCUGAACAACAACGUGUCCAUGCUGGCUGAAGAGUGGAAGCGGCCGCCGGGCCGCCGGGCCAAGGACCCCGCCGUGCUGCGCUACAUGUUCUGCUCCAUGGCCCAGCGCGCCCUCAUCGCGCCCGUGGUCUGGGUGGCCGUCACGCUGCUCGACGGCAAGUGCUUCCUCUGUGCCUUCUGCACUGCCGUGCCCGUGGCUGCGCUGGGCAACGGCAGCCUGGCGCCCGGCCUGCCCGCCCCCGAGCUCGCCCGCCUGCUGGCCCGGGUGCCCUGCCCCGAGAUCUAUGACGGCGACUGGCUGCUGGCCCGCGAGGUGGCCGUGCGCUACCUGCGCUGCAUCUCCCAGGCGCUGGGCUGGUCCUUCGUGCUGCUGACCACACUGCUGGCGUUCAUGGUGCGCUCCGUGCGGCCCUGCUUCACGCAGGCCGCCUUCCUCAAGAGCAAGUACUGGUCCCACUAUAUCGACAUCGAGCGCAAGCUCUUCGACGAGACGUGCACGGAGCACGCCAAGGCCUUCGCCAAGGUCUGCAUCCAGCAGUUCUUCGAGGCCAUGAACCACGACCUGGAGCUGGGUCACGCCCACGGGGCACUGCCUGCGGCCCCCACUGCCUCGGCUGCCGCCAGCGCCCUGGACGGUGCAGAGGAGGAGAGGGAUAAGCUUCGCGGCAUCACGGACCGGGGCACCAUGAACAGGCUGCUCACCAGCUGGCACAAAUGCAAACCGCCCCUGCGGGUGGGCCAGGAGGAGCCCCUGCUGGGCAACGGCUGGGCGGGGGGCGGGCCCCGGCCCCCACGCAAGGAGGUGGCCAUCUACUUCAGCAAAGUGUGA